AUGGAAAACGACGGAGCCUCCACCGUCUGUCCUCUCGACCUUGGCAGUCAAAUGUUUUUAUCCGGCGAUGGUUUUGAACCGGCCAGUGUCCUCUUUCCCCACGCUGCUUUUCACUUUCCUCCAAAAGACAAAAAGGAGGCGUACGAUUUCAUGGACAAGCGUUUAGGCCUCAAGAGUUUGCCUCUUGAGGCCCGCAUCGCUCGAGUGGAGAGGAAGGUGAGGGCCAUGGAGAGUGAUCAUUUCCAAUCGAAUUGGAGGAAGGUGCGUGGCCAGGAUCCCGACUAUGCUUCGGAUUUACCUCCAUGCCCGUGGUCAAGUCCAAGCGAGGAGGACGACGAGGAAGAGGAUAGCAACCACUGGAAGCGUGUCAAGAAUGAACCCGAGGUGGAUGAUAAAAAUGAAGCAUCCACUUCGAACGCUGAUCCGGCGAUGAAGUAG